CUGCAGUGUAGGAAGCUCCCAAGCAGUUUAUGCUCGCUGUUUUUUCCAAAUUAGUAAUAGUUUUCUGUAAAUGUAGAAAUUAUGACACCUUUCUGUACAAGGUUGCAAAUGCGUGAAAGCUAGGGAGGAAUAGUCGCCGAGGAUCAUAUUGGAGAACGUUCUGAGUCUUCUAUAUGGGCCAUUUUCUUUCAAAAAAUGGUAAACGUGUGAAGAAAAGAAGACGGAAAGUUAGAAAGAACUGCUUUCUUCGUGGACCUUGUAUGCUGUGCUUCAUAGUUCACAAUACUUCUGCUCUUGAUGAGGAUCAGCUUGAAAGUGCAUCCAAACUAGCAGAAAGAUACACUGCAUUGACUACUACGGAGGAGUGUGCUAAGUUUCUUCUCUCCCCAAAGGAACUUAGUAUCUGGGAAGAACAGGGUAAAAGUUUACUUUCCAGUGUUCCAGCAAAACUCAUUGGGCCACCUCUGUUUAGAACAGUCUGUUCAGACUAUUCCGAGAUGCCAGUUUGUAAACGUAAAUGUGCUGGAGUACAAGCUUGUACACCUUGCAAACUGCCUCGUUCUGCAGUUGGAAGAGUUCCUGAGACUGGUUUAAAUAAUGACAUAGCACAGUGUCCCGUGUCUGUACGUACUUUGCCUACGUCCGCAGCAGAAUGCACAAACAUGGGACUUGAGGGGAACAUGGGUGACUGCUCUUCUCUGCUCCAGCAUCCAUUAUCCCCUUUGGGAUCUGAAGAUAGUGAAAAUAUCCCCCAAGAAAAUCUUAAAGACUUAAGAAUGGAAUCUGAGCCACCGAAUAUUAAUCAGCUUCCCUCCUCUAUACUUCUUAAGGUCUUUGCUCAUUUAUCUUUGAAGGAAAGAUGUCUUUCAGCAUCUUUGGUUUGCAAGUACUGGCGUGAUCUUGGUCUCGAUUUCCAGUUUUGGAAGCAGCUGGACCUCAGUGGGCGACAGCAGAUCACUGAUGAUGUACUCAAGCGAAUUGCAUCCAAGAACCGAAACAGAAUCCAAAUUAAUAUAUCUGAUUGUCGAAAUAUCUCUGACACUGGAGUGAGUUCUAUAGCAAUGCAGAGUCCAGGACUGCAGAAAUAUAUAGCAUAUCGAUGCAAGCAACUUAGUGACAUUUCCCUCAUUGCAAUUGCAUGCCAUUGCCCUUUUCUGCAGAAAGUGCAUGUGGGAAACCAGGACAAACUUACAGAUGAAUCUUUACAACAGCUGGGAGAGAAAUGUCCAGAUGUUUUGGAUAUUCAUUUUGGUCAAUGUUACAAGAUCACAGACGAAGGCAUGAUGGCAUUGGCACGGGGCUGCCCAAGACUGCAGAAAAUCUACAUGCAGGAAAACAAACUGGUGACAGAUAAAUCGGUGAAAACAUUUGCAGAACAUUGUCCUUUGCUGCAAUAUGUGGGUUUUAUGGGCUGCUCUGUCACUUCCCAAGGGGUCAUUCACCUCACGAGGCUGAAGGAUCUCAUCAGUCUUGAUCUACGUCACAUAACGGAGUUGAAUAAUGAAACAGUAAUGGAGGUGGUGAAGAGAUGCAAGAAUUUAAGCGCUCUGAAUCUAUGUCUGAACUGGAGCAUUAACGACAGAUGUGUGGAAUUCAUAGCUAAGGAAGGAAAGAGCCUGAAGGAGCUGUACCUUGUGUCCUGUAAGAUCACUGAUUACGCUUUGAUAGCGAUUGGGCAAUAUAGUGCCAUUGAAACAGUGGAUGUAGGCUGGUGUAAAGAAAUCACAGAUAAAGGAGCAACCCAAAUCUCACAGACCAGCAAGUCCCUCAGGUAUUUGGGACUUAUGAGGUGUGAUAAGGUGAAUGAAGAUACGGUAGAACGUCUAGUUCAAGAGUACCCACAUAUCACCUUUAGCACUGUAAUGCAAGACUGUAAGCGGACACUGGAACGAGCCUAUCAGAUGGGAUGGAUUCCUAAUACAUCAACAGCAUCAUAAUGCUGUUAAUAAUUUUGUGUAAACUCAUUGUGUGGUUCUUGUAAGUCUCAAAUUCUUAAAUACAGUAAAGGGUGGUUGCAAGAGACCAUCACUAAUAAUAAGCUGUGUCGAACUGAAUUAAUAGCCACAAAAAGACAGUACAUUUCCAUUUUCUGUUCCUGUUUUGACAAUCUUUGCCCUUUGAAGAUUGAAAUCAUGGAUUUUUAGGUAUCCAUGGAAGGAGUUUAUUUUUAAAGAAAAAUAAUAAUUGGGAGUAGGUAUUUUUUCUAGCCCGAGUCAUUUUAUUUUAGGAAUUAUUUGAUGCCAGUUGUCUUUUUGCCCUUGAAACAGCUGUUAUCAAAUCUACUGAAAUGUAUAUGCAGCAAGUUUAAAGUAAAAGGUAUGUCUCUUCCACAGCAUACUUUCUGCUCAUUGCUACAUCUGAGCCCCAAAUGGAAGUAAUGGGAAUUUUCAAAUAUGACUAUAAUCUGCUAAUUUCAUCUGGUUAUGGUCUUGUUUAACAAUUCCUCUCUUAGUUAAUCUCUGUUAAGAUUACAUCUCAUUUAUUAAUAAGCUUGGUUAAAAAUCUGAAUUCCAUUUUAUUAAGCUUCCUUCAUCCUUGAAAUAAUCAAUUUACUACUGAUGAUAAAGAAUAACAAUGAUUUCACUGUAGGUAGAAGAAUCAAUGGAGUGUUUUUCCCCUAAAUCCAGACUUAACUGUAGCCAGCAGGUACAAUAAUGUUUGAUGUACUUUUAUUACUGUUUUUAUGUUCUAUUUCACAUAUACAAUUGUUCAGAACUAGCUUAUGUAGGACAUAAAUUUUAUAACAUGAAAAUCUAAAUAAAACUAAUUUUUGCCAGUUAUACAAUUGUUGUAAAUAUCAUGCCUGAACACUUUAUUAAUUAAUAUGAGAAAGUGUCCUGAAAGAUAAUAAUUAAAAUUGACAAAAUAACACUGUAUUACUGUGUUAAGACUUGGCAUUAAAUGAACAUAUCCUGUGAAAAAGACGACACAUAUGCUGUGUCACAAAUUCAAAAAACAAUAAGCUGCAUUUUGUCCAGUUUUGACCAAAGAGAUCAAUAUAGAAUAAGUACACAGUUCUUUUUUUGCUUUCAUAUGAUGAUUAAUUAUGUCUUAAUAGCUUUUGAAUUACUUAUAUCAUCAGAUGUUAAGGAAGGAGGGUAGUGUGCAGUGUGUAAAUCUAUGUUUCUUUAAAUGUAAAAGGUUCAAUGGAGAUAAACAGUUUUACAGGAAAACAUAGGAACCUAAAAAAGAAUGUGUGUUUAUUAAUGUAUGUGUGUUUUAAAUAUAUGCAAUAGUUAUGAAAUAUAAAUUGAACAGGCCAGUUAAACGAUCUGCUUCAAAGUUCUUUGAGCUAAAAGUGGGAAGGAGGUAUCAGGGAGAAAGAAAAGACAACUUAAGUGAUGUUGGUAAAUGCAGCCUUUGAGAGUCCAUACAGAAAUUGAGCAAAUUAAGAUAACUGACAAUAGCUGCAUGGUGCAUCUGACUGGAAGUUUCUGUGGGUCAUGCCUCAGAUCCUCAACAUUCAUGCGAAAUAAGUUUGUCAAUUUUUGAUUAGAUUGAUUUUCUCAGGUCUCACAGACUUGUCUCGUAUUUUAUGUAAGAUUCAGCCAUUUCCCAGUAUUGAAUCUUUUUGUUUAAUUCUUUCUUCAAACGUGUCUGAGAAUUUUGGAGUUCACAGUUAAUGUGAAUGAUUUAAUUUGGGGAUUGUACCAACAAAACAGAAUUUUCUGUGAAAGAGGUUUGAAGUGUGGCUAAUGCUUUGCCUAGAUUACACAACAACCAACUUUACACAUAUUCAGUUCAAUUGGCAAAAGCUGCUGUUUCAGGGAUAAGAACAACAGGGAAUACUUCCUGAUCAAAUACUCUCGGGCAUCCUUCCAUUCUGAAUCGUCAUAAAAUGACCUGGCCUUUGCAUCAAACCUUAUUGCUUGCAGGGAAUCUCACAAUGUAGGUUGUCCUCAGCUUGCUGCUGUUCCUGUUCUUCCUGGUAUAGUGAGAGACCUCAUGCACUAUCAGAUAAACAACUCAUAUUUUUGGCAGGAAAGUGGGACUGUGAGUUAGUUCAGAGACACUUGGACCCAGUAAACUCUCUCACAAAAAAAAAUAUAAAGCACAGAAACAUGCUAUUGGGCCCAACAAGUUCUCCUUUAAGCACAUCUUCACCCUUGUCUAUCCCAUCACACGCUUUAAGCACGUAUGCUACCUUUCUUCUCAUACACCGUGUCCUUUUCAAAGCACCUAACCUAUUUAUUUCAACUACUUCCUGACUUAGCUCAUUCCACAUCCUAUGCAUUCUCUGUUCAAUAAAUAUCUCAUUAUGCCCCUAUUGAUUUAUUAGUAACUAUUUUGUAUUUAUGGCCCAAUGUUUGCUUUCAUCCGCUUAGAAGCAUUCUCUCCACCUUACCCGCCCAAUCCACUCAUAAUUUUAAAGAGCUUAAUUUCUAAUUGACAAGCUAAAAGCUGCAAAUGCUGAAAAUUUGAAAUAAAAGUAGAAAAAACAGAUCAGUAGCAUUUGUGGAGAAAGGAGCAGAGAUCACAUCCUUGACGAUCAGAACUAGAAAAUAUUUUUAAAAAAAUGCUUCAAGAUGCCGAGAAGCGGUGGGGAGUUAGAGCAAUCAAAGGAAAACUCUGCAAUGGGGUUGAGACCAGAAAAGACUCAGUGACACAAGAGGUGGUAAUACUGACUGACAGAAGGUAGUGAAGGCUUUUUAAAUCUGUCUAGAGAUCUAGAGGUUUUAAGACAGAGGGAGGAGAAUGUGAGCAGGGGAGAUAGAGCAAAGGAAACAUGUUGGAAAUAUGAAAUACAAAUCACUGAAGAUGCUGGAAAUCUGAAAUGAGACAAUUCUGGAAAAAACUCAACAGAUCAGGCAGCAUCUGUAGAGAGAGGGAGAGAAAGCAGAGUUAAGCUUAUAGAACUGGCCAAAUUUGAUGCAACUGGAAAUGCUGGUUAUCUGAAUUUGUUGAAUUGUAUGGUGAAUCCUGAGGACUGUAAGGUGUCUAGUUGGAAAAUGAGAUACUGUUCCUUGAGCUUACAUUGUGCUUUGUUGAAACAAUGUAGGAGGCCAAAGACAGAGUGGUCAAAGUGGAAAUGGAUUCAAGAAUGGUAAUUAGAGUCAAUUGAAAGCUUGGGGUCACUCAUGCAGACAGAAUAGAGGUGUUCUGUAAGGUGGUCACCCAAUCUGUGUUUGAUUUCUCCAAUACAGAAGAGACGACAUAACAAUUAAAUGUCAUAUCCUAAAUUGAAAGAGGCAAGCGUGAAUGGGUGCUUCACCUGGGAUGAGUGUUGGAUCCCCGGAUGGUGGGAAGAAGUCCGCAAUCCAGGGACUCAAACAUUUCUUCCAGUCAAAAUAAUGAUUCAUUGCAAAGGUGGCCCUGAGCUUCCAACGGCAUGUUAUUUUAAAUCCCCAUUCCAUUCCCACUGUCAGAGCAAUGAAAGAGGCCAAAGUCAGAAAAAUCACAGAAAAAGCUCAAGAACAAUAUCUCAUUUUCUGAGUAGGCACACUACAGCUCUCAGGACUUGAUACUUAAUUAACAAUUUCAUUGACCAAUGUUUCCAACUUGUAUCAAAACUGGCUGUUCUGACAAGAGGUCACCCAUCUGUAACCUGUAUUCCAUCUUAUCUCUCCAAAGGUGCUGCCAGACCUGCUGAGUACUUCCAGUAUUCUCUUUUAUUUCAACUUUCCAGCAACUUCAGUGUUCUGUAUUUCACAAUUACUUGCUCAGUUCUCUUUCAUUUAUCUCCACACUGAUCAUCUAUGAUUAAUAAGCAUUCACCACCCUCUCUCAGCACCACUAUGUGUCAGUUAGUCUCUAUCCUGUCACAGAAAUUCCCUUUGUUAUCUCCACCCCAUCUCCUUUUUCCUGCAGCAUAAAACAUGUUUGAUUUCUAACUUUUUCUACUUAUGCUUAAAGUUUGAUUCUGUUUCUUUUACCAUAUACGCUGCCUGAUCAGCUGUGGAGCUCCAAGAUUUUCUGGUGUUACUUUAUCAUUUUGCAAAGCUCUAUAAGUCACCCCUCUCUUUAAUCUUUCCCAAUAAGUGUAAUUUCUUGGUUUUGUUCAGGCUGUGAGACUACAACCAUUCAACCAGUGAGGUUUUAACUUUGGGUCUGAUUGGCUCAAGUCAAACUGAAAUGCCAACACCAUGGGAUGCAAGUGGACUUUUCCUGUAGCUGAAGUAACUGGAGCUCAGGGGAAACGAUGGGAAUAAUUAACAGAUCUCUGUGAGACAGUGAAUAUGGAAGUCCUUAAGGUAGAAAGUGUAGCAAGCUCCCAUCUCCCCCACUCUCGAACAAACACACACAUGCACACUAAAUUUCUUCCCCAUUUGUGAAUUUGAAUAUGCCAUGAUUUCAUUCAUUUUUUGAAUAGUAAUAAAAACAAAGUCCAACUUUGGGACCUUGGGAAGUUCUGUAGAUAACCUUAAAUCUGCACACUUUGAAGGACAAAGAAAGAAGUGUGACUAAAGAAAAAUGCAUGUGAAAAAAAAUCUUUUAACAUUCAAAAUGGUUAUGUUGGCACAGAAAACACAAUCGAAAUGCAUUUUCUGCUGUCCUAUCUGAAUUUACAUAUCUGGGUCUGCUGAAAAAAAGUUCAGUUUUUUAUUGUGGUUUGUGUUAUUAUUUCUUCUCCUCCCACUUUAUUAUUUCUGUUGACAUUUGCAGGGUUAUGGUUGUGUCUUGCAUAAAUAGGGAAACUGAUAAGGAGCCUUUCCCUGAUCUUCAAGAUGCAAACACAAUUUCCAAGUGACUCAAUAAAAACCAUUAUGUUGCAUGGCUGAUGGAUAUUGCUUAUUGAGACACUUCAUUUAGUUUAUAAGAAAUUUUAUUCACAUCCAAAUCAUUUUAACAAAGCCUUCAGCAGUAUUUGAGAUUAGAAGGAUUUCCUAUCCAAUUAGUGGGAUAUCUGAACUAGAUUGUCAAAUGAUGAAGUAUUGUUCAGGCUUUUUACUUAAAAAAAAAGAGCUGUUUAAGUAUCCGGUUUGGAAUGAGAUUGAGAAUUAUAAUGAUGAGUACUGUCAACGAAGAUUAAUGGGAUAAGAUGACUCCUGUUCUGUGACAACUGAAUGUCAUGACAACUGGAUGAGAAUAAAUGAUGUAGGGUGCAAUGGUUGAUACUCCAAAGUUUCAUUUAGUUUACUCUUUUUGGGGAAGGGAAAAUUUACAGAACUUUUAUUCAUGGGGCUAAUUGGGUUUGGUGUUAUUUAUAAUAGAAUCUGUCGUAUGUGGUUUGUGGAAGGAAUGCUUGAUUAGCCAUCUCGCCUUUUAUUUCUUGCUUGCUUUGGUUCUCAGAAAAAGUAGAAUUUCCAAAUGACUUGGGACAUUUUCUUAUAUAUGGAUUUUUCCUACAGUUUAUAAAUUUGAUUUAUUUUGCUAGAGAGAUGGUCAAUGAAUAUAAACUAUAUCUUGUAAAUUCAGUCAAACCAGACGAGAAAAGAAAUGUUAGUAAUUACUUAUCAA